AUGCAGCGCCCGCUCUCGCUUCACGUGUCUGCGCUCAGCGAGGAGGAGUACAAGUCGUUCACGAGCGCGUUCUAUGAUCUCCUCGGCGAUGACGCGCAUCUGGACGACGACGCGCUCGGCCGGGAGACGGUCAGCCUCCGCGAAGCUCGUGCCUGGCUCAGAGGCCGCUACCAGGACAUGCAGGUCGCGCACGUAGACGAGGCACUGCGACUAUUCGCGCCUGAAGGCGGGAAAGAUGCCGUGCUGAGCGGCGGCCAGUUCUUCGCCCUCCUGCGCGUCAUCAUGCACAUGCGCGAAGGCCAAAAGCUGGACAGGAAACUGGCGUUUGACCAGGUUCACCUGCCAAAAUCCGCGCCGCUCACUCGCAAGAGCUUCGAUGCGCCUCCCAGGCACCCCGCGCCUCCAUUUGCACCUCGCUCACGCCAACCCUCUGCGAAUUCGCUAUUCGACGCGCCCACGUCCGACAACAACCCUUUCCACCAUAUACCACAAGACCCGCCUCCGCCUGUACCACCAUUACAUCCCGAUGUGCGGCUUGGUACGGUAUCAGCGCCCUCCGCUAUAUCAGACACGCCCCCACAACCAACGAAACAUCACUCCAACAACCCAUUCGUAUCACGAUCCAAGACCAUACAUUCUAUAACACGUCCAUCCGUCAUCAACGUGGACAAAGCGCCGCCCAGCUUACCGCCUCGAAAAGCGCCACCCGUUAUCCCGCCACGGACGAACGCGCCACUCGUACCGGCCUCAGCAACCGCGUCUUCGAGCAAACCCGCGCCUCCACCCGUAGCGCCCAAACUCCCGCAUCUGACGAGUACGCUGAUGAAGCAGUCGCUUCUCGCCAGCCGCGCUGCACAGGACGCGAAACGAGCAGAGGACGAGAGAAACUCUACGCGCGUGUUUCAGGUGCUUAAGAGUAGCGCGGGGAGUACGGGCAGCGUCAGUCCGCCCAAACUCGGCUCGCGGAGCUCGAGCUCGUCUGGCGAGCGCCAAGCGCGGCCGAAGUUACCGCCCAGACGACAGCCGAGUCCACCACCCUCUGCUGCGUCGGUGUAUUCGUUUGAGCAGGUCGCCAGUGCAUCAUUACCCGAUGGCCGAAGUCCGUUUCGGCGACCGCCAACACCACCUGGGCGGCUCGUCCGCUCUCCUUCAACCUCACCUGCGCGACCUACGACCGACGGUACACCUCGCCCACCUCCGCGGCAACCGCCGAGGCAUCCAGAUAGCAACAAGGAGAAGUUGGAAGGGACAGAAACGCCGAGUUCGACGCCGUCGCGGCUGGGUCGCUCAAAGUCGAUGCACCAGACGACGCCACCGCCUGUGCCGCCUCCUGCACGACGCAAACGGCCAGAAAGCGUACAAGUGCUUUCCAGCUCGCCACAUCAAGACGUAUUCUCCGACGUGCACGCGGCACAAUUCCCACCACCGCCACCUUUACUAUCAGCACGACAUCCAUCAUUCAAAGCCGCUGCCGAGCACUCCGCGCGACACUCGUCUUUCUCAGGCGCGAGUCCGGGUGGGCGUACGAACCGACACGCGCGACAGCAGAGCGUCGAGGAGGGCGCUACGGCCGCACUGCACCAGUUCCGCGGCGCGUUGGCGGGGCUUGCGCCGAAGAUCGACGCGGCGCGGUAUAAAGCCGAGGCGGGGCUUUCGCGGCGCGGGUACGUGCCAGGUAUGACGAAGAGGAGGAAUGAGGGCGCGCAGAGGCUUGUGGAUAGCGACGAGGAGGAUGAGGAGGGGGCGGGGGCUGGGCCGAGUGUUAUUGAGGAAGAGGACAACGGGUUGGGUCCAGGGAGCACGAGAGAUGAUAUGAAGUGGCCUGCGGGAGAUGGGUGGAGGUCGUUGCGGUGA